AUGGCUUCCGUGCCGCCAUUGCCGGAUCAACAAAGCACUGUCUACUUCCGCUACGACAACCACGCACGCCUGUCUUCGGCAUCGACGCACAUCAGACUCAUCGAACUCUACCCAUCCAGACACGGAGUAGACACCGGACCAGGCUCAACGGACGAAGACGAUGCACGACGCUCUGCGGCACACUACUCGAGCCCCCUGAGAUGCAGCAUCACAACCACCCCGAUCGCCACGCCGCGGCCCUACGAGGCGCUAUCGUACACCUGGGGUCCGCCGACAAAAUCCCACAGCAUUGACGUCGCGAGUGGCGGGCGCCUCGGCAUCACGGCCUCCCUCGACACGACGCUGCGGCACCUCCGCCGGAGAGACGGGCCCGUGACGAUCUGGAUCGACCAGAUCUGCAUCAACCAGGAGGACGCCGCUGAGAAGAACGACCAGGUGCCCCUAAUGGCGCAGAUCUACAGCAAGGCGGACCUCGUCCUCGUCUGGCUAGGCCCGGCGGCGGACGACUCCGACGCGCUGAUGGACUGUUGGCAGGACGUCGGCCAGGCGGCUCGCGACCUGGACUUCGAGAGCUAUCUCACCAAGGAGCGUCUGCCUCUUCUGAACCGGGCCCUGCUGAACCGUGAUCCCGAAGACCCGGUGACGGUGCAGUUUCAGGCGCUGCUCAAGAGGGCGGUGCCCAUGUUCGACUCGCUGCUGAGGGCGAUCAUCGCCUGGAACGACAGGCCCUGGUUCGGCCGCGUCUGGACGAUCCAGGAGCAGGCCCUGGGCGCCAGGACGUUCUUCGUGUGCGGGGCGAAGACGGUGGACGUCGACCUGGUGCCCCUGGCCACGAUGAUCUUCGACAAGUGCAUCAUCAGGCAAGACGCGGAGAACCGCGCCGACCCGGAGCACAUUAAGCUGAUGGGCGUGGCCCAGAGCCACCGGUUCGGUUCCCUGAUGGCCCUCCGACGCCGACGACGGACCUUCGUCAAGGGCGAGGGCCCCGGGGACGACCUGUACCAGAUCAUGAAGAAGACGUACGUCAACGGGGACGCCCAGGCGACCCUGCCCCGGGACCGGAUCUACGGCCUUCUCAGCAUCGCCGUGGCGUCGGAACAGCUAGGAAUCACGCCGGACUACGCCUCCCCAGAGUGUGGUCCGACCUUCGUGGAGGCCGCCCGCGCUCUCAUUCGCGCCGGCCACGUUCAGGUGCUUUCCUUCUCGCAGUUCCCCAAGGACGUCAACGGGUUGCCGUCCUGGGUCCCCGACUGGAGAUCGACGCUGACUCGCUCAUACCUAUUCACUUUUGAAGACGUCGAUGGGCUCCCCAUUCGAGCCGCGGGCGACAGCACGGUCGAGGUCGUGCCCGCAGGGGACCCGAGCGUGCUGGGGAUACGCGGCCUGGUUGUCGACAUCGUCGAGGAGACGGGCGACGUGUGGGACUCCGAUGCGGGGAGUGAGUCUCGCUUUAGAAACCUACAGACGAUCAAAACGCUCUGCGACAAGUCGUCGGGGAGAGGAUACGAGAUCUACGAGAGCAGCGAGAGGCGCGCCGAAGCAGCGUGGAGGGUGCCAGUGGGCGAUCUGUUCUGGAGCAGGGAGGACGGCUACCGCCGGGCCAUCUCGUCUGACGGGGCAUACUACGAGGACUGCCUGGCCGUCCUGAAGAUCCUCGUCGAGGGCUUCGGCCCCGUCGAGCAUCCAGAGGAGCGCCAGCGGCGGCUGGAGGCGUUCUACGAGCUGAUCCCGCGGCAGUCGGUCUACAGCGAGAACAUGGACAAGAUGACGGGUAGGCGGCCGUACGUGACGCGGCAGGGUUACCUGGGCAUGGCCCCUGGCGGCGCACGUCCUGGAGACGCGGUCGUGAUACCGCUCGGCUCUCGGAUCCCGUACGUCCUGAGACCGUCCGGAGACGGGACGACGUACGAGUUUGUGGGCGAGGCGUACUGCGACGGUGUCAUGGACGGCGAGAUGUUGACUAAGCGGCGGCGGGAGACCAUCCUGAUUGCUUGA